AUGUCAGACUUCUUUACAGUUCUCUCAGGUGUUCUUUCAGCAGAUAAAGACACCAGAACCCAAUCUGAAGCAGCCUUCACCACCUUAAUGACUUCCUCCCCAACCGAAACAGCCCUACAACUCGUUAAUGCUAUGGGUGCUGAAGAAACAAUUGCUUCUCUCUCAAUAGUCCUUUUCAGAAAGAAAGUUAUUGACACUGGCGUGUAUACAACAUUUACCGAUGCCAUCAAAGCUCAAAUCAGAACCUCUAUGAUAGCCCUUGUAACUCCAACCCACACCACAACCUAUCUUAAAAAGUUAGGCGACGUGCUAACCAAUUUGGCUAACACCGAUGGCUGGGUAAACGAAUUCUUCGGGUAUAUUGCAGCCUGGGAAAAAGUCGAAGAAUUAAAAGAGUUUUCUCUUUACCUUCUAGAACUAGCUGUCGAAUUCCCUAAACUUAUGGACACUCUUCAACAAAACGCUGCCUCUGUCAUUGAACUUUUAGGAUCAUCGCUCCAGCACUCAAACCCAACAGUAGUCCUCAGUGGCCUAAAUUCUUUAGCAUCCUUUUUAUCAGGACUUACCGACGAAACCCAGGUCUUAAAAUUCGCUUAUACAGCUAGUCCAAUGCUUACUGUGUUCACCACAGUUUUAUCCCAACCAGAGCUAAACGUUGACAAAGUCAAGAACACCUUGACUUGCCUUGCAGAACUUACAGAGACCUUUCCAAGGUUUUGGAAAGAAACUUUAACCCAAUUGACUACUGUGAUGACCACUAUUUCAAACAGCACUCAGCUGGAUAAUGAAAUCAGAAGCGGAAGUGUAGAAGUCUUAGUCACUUUGACACAAAAAGCUCCAGGGAUGAUAAAGAAAACAGCUGGAGUUAUAGAAGAAAUAAUGAAGACUGCACUGCAGCUGACUUAUGAAGUGGACAAUGUCAAUGAUAUUGAAGCUUGGACUACUGAUGACACUGAUGAAAAUGUGACUACAAAUGAACCUUUCAGCCUUGGAAAAGAUUUAUUGAAUAAAGCUUCGUACUCGCUUGGAGCUGAAACUGUGCUGCCUUACUUUAUGACUACCAUUCCAACACUUAUUAAUAGCGCUGAAUGGACUCAUCAACAUACAGGACUUUUAGCUUUAGGAUUGAUUGCAAAUGGAUGCCAUGAACAGUUCGAAAAGAACUUAAAUGAAAUCCUCACAAUGAUUUUGCCUUUUGUAAGCUCACUCCUCCCUCAGUGAGUGAACAAAACAAUUGUAAAAAUCCCUAUUUUUUGGGUAAAAACACACCUCUGUGAGCGAACAAAAAUUUUAUGAAAAAAAUGUUUCGAUGUAUAAGUGAUAAUUAUAAUGAAAUCUCUAGCUAAUUGAUUGAAUUUUAAGCAGCUUGCAUUUAAAACAUAAAUUUUACAAAUUAAAUUAAUUUUUUUAAUUUUCGAUUUUUACGAAAAUGGAUUGUUUUAAAUUUUUGAAAAAAUAUUACAUCUGUGAGUGAAAAAUUUUUUGUGCACGCUCAUGGAGAGAGUCAGCAAACCCAAGACUCCAAUGGGCUACUGCCACUACAUUAGGACUGUUGUGCACUGAAUUUGAGCCGACAAUUGAGACUGCUCAUCACGCCAGAUUAAGAUUUAAGAUUAAUUUCGGAUGUGGCAGAGUGCUACCAUCUUGCAGCCUGGGUUGAAACCACCUAUUUCUCUGUAGUUACAUCAUCAAGGGCCAAAGAACAUUGCUGGUCAUCACCUUCUCCAACCACAAAACGUGACCUUUUUUGACUCCAACUCUAGAAUGUUCGCUGAUCAGAACACUCUCUCAUCUCAAGAGUCACUUUCGACUGGAGAUACUCCUUUGCUGGGAGCGCGCCAGCUGUCUAAUUUGCUUCCUUUUUCCCUGGUUAUCCAAAGAAAAAAAUUAACAGCUUUCACCAUUCAGGGCAAAUAACCCAAGCAGCUUGAGUGAUAGGCCAACCUACUCCAUUACGGGCCCCACUGGGCUGGGGUGCUUCUCGAAAAAAGAGAUGCAAUUAACUGCUUAAAUUCCAGGACACAAUUCAGCGGAAAAAAAGUCUCACUUCUCUCGCUUCGAGGCUACUGAGCAUCGCUGGACUAUAAAUGGAUCUCAAAAAACCACUCCCAGAUACUUAAGGGCUUCCUUCUCUCCGUGGCGAGUUGCUCACCUCCGUCAUUUUAUGUAUCAUCAUGCCAGAUUAAUCCCAGCUAUGCUUACUCUUAUGACUUCCUCUACUAAUGUGAAGGUCCAAACCAGAGGAACUUCAGCAUUAGUUAACUACACCCGUGGCCUUUUAGCAGAAGAUGAUGUUGACCCAGCUGAAUCCCUUACUCAGUAUGCCAGUACAGUCUUACAAACCCUCGCCACUCUCCUUCAACAAGCUGUUACUACUAACAACUACACCUUAAUGCUCGAAGUCUUAAACGCCAUCUCUACCACUGCUUCAGCCCUCCAAAGUGCAUUUGCUCCAUACUACAACCAAUUUAUGCCAGCCCUCAAAACCUUGGUCACAAUCCCAACAACUACAACCCAGCAGCAAGAAAUAAGAGCUACCUGCAUCAGAUGUAUCGGAUACAUGAUUGAAUCAAUCAGUGAAGUCCCAGAAAACUACACUGAAGAUGCCAAAUCAAUCAUGAAUGGCCUUGUUCAGCUGAAAUCGUCCUUAGAUAGUGAAGAUCCAGCUACAUUGGCCAUCAAUGAAGUUAUUUCAAACUUUGCUGACUGUCUCAAAGAACAAUUUGAGCCAUACAUGCAUGUCUUUAUGCCAGAACUUCUGACAAGAGCUCAAGCUAAUGUAGAUAUUACCUUUACUGAUGCUGAUGAAGGACAAGACUUAGCACCUGGAAUGAAUGCAGUUACCUUUGAUAUGAAAGGAGAAGGCAAAAAACAGCUUGCCAUUAACACUACAGCUCUUCAGCAUAAAAUUAAAGCUUGCAGGAUUCUUUAUGACUUGGUUUCAAGCAUGGGGAAGGCUUUUGCUCCUUAUAUAGAGCAGACAAUAAGCACUUUGACUCCAUUAUUUGCAUAUGCUUAUAACGCAGAUAUCAGAAAAUAUAGCAUUAGGACUGUUGCUUGCACUGUAGGAGCUACCAAAGAUACUUUCCAAGCUGAAGCUUUAUUAAGAGUUUUAUUCCCUCUAUUCACUACCACUCUUCAAGGCACUCAUUUGUCACCUGAAGACAUCAAAAGGAUUCUCAAAGCUCUCUUAUUUGUACUAGAAAGUGUUGAAAAUGUUGCAGUUGUGGGUCUCGGCUAUGCAAAUGAGUUAGCCCAAACCCUCUCAAACCAAACCAAAGCAGUUUUUACUAGAAAAGUUGAAAGAUCAACUGAAAUACAAAAAUACACAGAUCCUGAACUGUACUCAGAAGAGCUUGAAGUUUUGAAUGAAGAAGAAACGACUGAUAACAAAAUCUUAAGAACAACCAUGGAAGUUGUAGGAAAACUCUUAAAGAACUUCAGAAAAGAGUUCCAAGCCACAUUUUUGACCUGCUUCAAAGACAUGUAUGCCCAGCUUUUCUUUAAAGAAAAGGCUACAGACGAAGAACUUCUAUCAGCAAUUUGCAUUUUUGACGACUAUGUUGAGUUUACUCAAGACCUCAUGUGGGAUUCUGGCAGAAGCAGACUGACUGAACAGAUGCUGAAGUUUGCCAACCAUAAAAACGCUGAUAUUAGACAGUCAGCAGUAUAUGGAGUUGGAGUUUGUGCACAAACAGUAGACCAAGCUACCUUUGCACCUUAUGUGAACUCUGCCGUAGAAGCAGUCAGAACUAUAAUUAAUGAUGGCAAAGCUAGAAGUGACGAGUAUAACGUAGCAACUGAUUGCGCUGUAGGAGCACUCGGAAAACUAGCUAUUUUCCAAAGAAAUGAUUUAAUUGAAGAGUGGCUUAAUAAUUUACCAAUUAAAGCUGAGCCUGAAGAAGCCCAAAACGUACACAGGCUGUUCUUAAACAACUUUGCAAACCUCAAGAACUACCCACGAAGCAUGACUGUAGUCCAAGAAUUAUCAAGACUUGUAAGAGAAGAGCCAACCUCUGAAGUUCUAGACAAAACAGAAAUUGAAGUCCUUUCCCAGAUUAUUGCAACUAACUAA